GACGGUUACCCCGUGAAAGUUCGGGGUGCUGGCACGUUCCGUGCUCUCCCGAGGACCCCAGACUGCGGCUGGUCGGUUGGUGGCCAGGUGAGGAGCAGGGCACUGCCGCGGUCCCUGAGGGGACCCAUGCCUCUCCGGUAAUUGGAGCGUGCUGGGUAGACGCAGCGAGCAGCGGGCGCCGGGCACGUUUUCCUCGUCAACGGACCCUUCAGAACGGAAAGUCGGCUGGCGACUGCGCGGGGCUAACGGCUGCGGUGGCGGUGGCGGCGGUGGCUGCUGCGCUGUCACUCCGGCGCGGUGCCGGGACAGAGCGGGGCCACUACGCAGGCGGUUGGGCGGAGCUCGGCCAGGACAACUGCGGGGAUGGAAGCUGUGCCUUGAAGAGAAAUUUGAAGAAGGGUCAAGUCUUACUACACCAGAGAGAUGGAGCCCAAUAAACACAGCGUGACCCCAGCUCUGGUGUUUGCCGUUACUGUCGCCACAAUCGGCUCUUUCCAGUUUGGCUACAACACCGGAGUCAUCAAUGCUCCUGAGACGAUCAUAAAGGACUUUCUCAACUACACUUUGGAAGAGAGGUCAGAAGACCUACCAAGUGAGGUGCUGCUGACCACCCUCUGGUCCCUGUGUGUGGCCAUCUUCUCCGUUGGCGGCAUGAUUGGCUCUUUUUCUGUUGGACUCUUUGUCAACCGCUUUGGCAGGCGCAAUUCGAUGCUUCUAGUCAACCUACUUGCCAUCGCUGGUGGCUGCCUCAUGGGCUUUGCCAAGAUAGCCGAGUCAGUGGAGAUGCUGAUCUUGGGCCGCCUGGUUAUCGGCAUCUUCUGUGGACUGUGCACGGGCUUUGUGCCUAUGUACAUCGGAGAGGUGUCUCCCACUGCCCUGCGGGGUGCCUUUGGCACCCUAAACCAGCUGGGCAUUGUUAUCGGGAUCCUGGUGGCUCAGAUCUUUGGUUUGGACUUCAUCCUGGGCUCUGAAGAGCUGUGGCCUGGGCUGCUGGGCUUAACCAUCAUUCCCGCUAUCCUACAAAGCGCAGCCCUUCCGUUUUGCCCCGAAAGCCCGAGAUUCUUGCUCAUUAACAAGAAGGAGGAAGACCAUGCAAAGGAGAUCCUUCAGCACUUGUGGGGCACCCAGGAUGUGGCCCAGGAGAUUCAGGAGAUGAAAGAUGAGAGUGCCCGGAUGGCACAGGAGAAACAGGUCACUGUGCUGGAGCUCUUCAGGGCGCCCAACUACCGCCAGCCGCUCCUUAUCUCCGUCAUUCUCCAGCUGUCUCAGCAGCUCUCUGGGAUCAAUGCCGUGUUCUAUUACUCAACAGGAAUCUUCAAGGAUGCAGGUGUCCAGGAGCCAAUCUAUGCUACAAUUGGAGCCGGUGUGGUUAAUACUAUCUUCACUAUAGUGUCUGUGUUCCUGGUCGAGAGGGCUGGGAGGCGAACCCUGCACAUGAUAGGCCUGGGAGGCAUGGCUAUCUGCUCCAUCCUCAUGACCAUUUCCUUGUUACUCAAGGAUGAGUAUAACGCCAUGAGCUUUGUCUGUAUUGUGGCUGUCCUGGUCUAUGUGGCCUUCUUUGAAAUUGGACCGGGCCCCAUUCCCUGGUUUAUUGUGGCUGAACUCUUUAGCCAGGGCCCCCGCCCAGCUGCCGUGGCGGUAGCUGGCUGUUCUAACUGGACCUCCAACUUCUUGGUUGGGAUGCUCUUCCCGUCGGCUGCAGCCGCCUUGGGAGCCUAUGUUUUUAUCAUCUUCGCUGUUUUCCUCGCGGUCUUCUUAAUCUUCACCUUCUUCAAAGUCCCUGAGACCAAAGGCAGGACUUUCGAGGACAUUACCCGGGCCUUCGAGGGGCGGGCACAGGCUGGGAAAACCUCUGGUAUGGAGAUGAACAGCGUGCAGCCCGGCAAGGAGAGCCCUGCCAAUGCCUGAGGUGGGCCUCCUACACCUCCCUCCAGUGCAGCAAGCAACCUCCCUGAAAGCCGGGAGACCUCAUCAGGAUGAACCAGGACUGCUUCUGAAUGCUGCUAUGUGAUCCUUUCUCAGCCCACAUACUCAUGAACACUCAGCUGCACCCACGGCUGGGGUUAAUCGGAUCAUCAAUGGCUUUGUUAACUGUUACAUUUCUUGGAUAUUUCUCUUGUAAUCUGGAGAGAUCGAGUGAACCUACCUUCAUGUCAGGAAGGAAUGGCUGCAGCUCCCCUUAGGUUUUAGGAUCCCCUCACCUAGGGAGUAGGAAUGGGGUACAGCCCUGCCUCCCCCAACCUCAGCUUGCAGGGAAACAAAGAUUUUCACUCCCAGUGUUGGGGGCCAUGGGGAUUCAAGCCCUCCUCACUUGACACAGCUCCACACAACACAGCUAAGUAACUUGAGUUUUAUUUAUUUUAUCUUCAGGUUUUAUUGCAUAAAUAUUUAUUUUUUUAAAUGUAAUUUUACCAAAUAAUGAAAGAGUAAGAAAAUUAGGUUGGAGGGAGGUGUUUAAAGAGAGGUACUAGAGGAACCAAGGUUUGGUGCUGGAGGGUGAAGGCGCAUCCUGAAUGGAGAGCAGACAUUACUAGUGGGCGCGCGAGCUGCCUCCGUCCUAGACAAAGUCUCUCGAGGUUCUCUCAGAAGAGUGAGUGCCUGUAGGAGAAGGCUCACAGCUUUCUGUGAGCCUUUUAAGAUUAGAGUUUUUAUGUUGUGUUACUUGAAAUCUCUGCUUCUUACAAAGGUGGGCUUUGUAGUUAGUGGUGUUGGUGGCCUUUGAUUUUGUAUGGAGUCCAGAAAAGGGAGGAGAGCUUGCAGGAUGCUUCUCCUUCGCCUGGGCCAGAUACUUCCUUCCUGUCCUGAUGAACUCACGGUUUCUUUUCCUGCGGUCACCCCCACCACCCAGCUGGUGAGCGAACCAUACAAAUGAGAGAAACGUCAUGCAGUAGUUCUUGAUAGGCAUUUCUUAGUUCAGUGUUAUUUCUUAAGAGAUUUUUAUGUGUUGAUUUGUGUUUUAUUUUGGUUUAAAGGGAUUCAUAGCAAAUUUGAACUUUGUUACCUCAGCUCUGGGAGAGGGUUUUUCCUGAAUGAUUAUCAGUUACCUUGUUUGAGUACCGUGUUGCUCUGCGGUCAUGGCAUGCUCGUCUAUGCCUGGUACACUCUCAGGCUCCCAUGUCACCGUGUCCCUGUGAUAACUGUGCUAAGUGCCCGAGGGGCCCUGACUCUGCUGGACACUGGAGGAGCAGUGGAAUUGUGCAGUGUGGCCCACGCUUGAGGAUAUGAAUGUGUGUGCACUGUCACUUUGCUCUGGCUGUGAGGUACCUGUUUCCCCUGUUCCUGUCAUUUUCUUUUUGCUAGACUCUAUUCAAGCUCAUCCCUGUGUACAUGAGCCGCAGGGCCUCUGCCAGGCGGAGUUUGCACCAGGAUUAGAUUGCACUCCUCUGGCUCCCUAUUCUUGUUGGAGAGGGCUGCUUCCUUGAGGUUGGGGGUGGCAGGCUCAGCCUCCUUCCAACUGGGAGGGGUGAUGGCACUAGGGAAAGUGUGAGGUCGGGACUCCUGAGGACCCAGUUGUGUGGAGAGGAAGCUAGGAAAUAUGCACUGUAGUGUGUUGGGAGGAAUGUCAAGGUUCCCUCCUGCGGUGGGUCACAGACCCCCCUCCACAGCCAUCCCCUCGAUCUCUACAGGGCUCACAAAUGGAGAUGGCCCUGAUGGUCUGCCCCCUUUUCCAUCAGUCACUGGACCCCUCUGUCCCUCUUGGUGCUCACACAUUCCAGACCCUUUAGGCAAACCCUUGCAUAUAGCAGUAUUUUCAAUACUCAGUUUCAGUACUUGUUCGUGACUCGCUGUGGUCAUUGAAACUUGGGUAAAAACUCACAAAGCUACGGAGAGGGCCCUUGCUGGGGAAAGGUGGCUCCUCAGCCUUCCCUCUUCUGCCCCUCCGUGAGUUGGCAGUAACACUGGGUGGAAUGUUUCCAUUUGACAAUGGCCAGCUUGUAAAUAUUUCCAUAUAUACUUUCUAUUCAUGUUACUGUAGUUUUUGUUUUGAAAUAAAGAUUCUGAAUGUA